AUGUCCUACCUCAAGGUCUCCGUGAUCCUGUUGAUCUCCUUCUGCGUGGCGUCUGAUGCCCGCAGGCUGAAGCAGAACGCUGCGGCCGCGUCGCAGGCCAACGCCGCGGCCGGCGGCGGCGGCGCCCAGGCGCAGGCGCAGGCCCAGGCCUUCGCGCAGGGUGUCUCGGCCGGCAACGCCCAGGCUGCCGCUCAGGCGAUUGCCUCUGCCAAAGGGGGCUCGCAGGCCGUUGGACAGGCCCUGGCCAAGAGCUCCGCCGAGGGUGGCACGCAGGCAUCCUCCGCCGCGCAGGCCGUCGCCCAGGCGGCCAAGCAGGAUCUGCCCACCACAGCCAACACCCUUGCCGACGCCCUGGCCCAAGCGUUCUCCGCCGGCCAGAUCCAGCCGUUUGCAAACACCCUGGCGUACGCGCAGGCCGUCAAUCAGGGCAACCCCGCCGCCGCCGGCAACGCCAUUGCUCAGGGCGCCGCCGCCGGCGGAAACGACGCAAAGGCUCAGGCUCAGGCCAUCGCCCAGGCCCUCGGCUCCGGCGGCGCCACCGCCCAGGCCGUCUCCAAGGCCACCGCCGAGGCCUACGGCACCCAGCCCCAGCCCGUGUCCCAGGCGCUGGGAACUGCCCUGACCGACGCCAACGGCAACCCCUCUCAGGCUACCGCCGCCGGCAAGGCCGUGGCACAAGCUCUGGCGGCCGGCGGCAACGAGUCCAAGGCCUUCGCGGCGGCCCUGUCCCAGGCUGUGACCACCGGCGGCUGCGGCGCCGUCACCAACGUCCUCGCGCAGGCCCAGGCCAGCGCCGCUUCCACCGGUGAUGGCAAGUCGGUUGCACAGGCCCUGUCUCAGGCCGGCGCCACCAACGCCGCUGAUUGCAUUCCGGCGGCGUCCCCUUCGCCUACUGGCGGCGCCACCGCCGAGGGCUCCCCCUCCCCCGCCCCCUCGGGCGCCGCCGCCCAGGCCGGCGCGGCCGCGCAGGCCGGCGCCGCCGCGGUGCCCUCGCCCUCCGCUUCGCCCGCCGGCGGCGCCACCGCCGCAGAGGUGUCGCCCAGCCCCUCGCCCAUCCCCGGCCUGGCGCAGGCCCAGGCUGCGGCCCAGGCCGUCGCUGCCUCUGGCGGCAACGCCCAGGCGCAGGCGCAGGCCGCCGCGCAGGCCGUCGCCAAGGCCGGCGGCUCCGCCCAGGCCCAGGCUGAGGCCGAGGCUCUGGCAAAGUCUGGCACCCUCGAGUCCCCGUCGCCCUCGCCGGCCGCCGGCGAGGCGGCUUCGCCCCCUCCCAGUGGCGGCGCCACCGCCGCCGAGGCCCCCCCGAGCCCUUCCCCCAUCCCCGGCGAGGCGCAGGCUGCGGCCGCCGCCCAGGCCGUCGCCGCGUCUGGCGGCGGCGCCGACGCCCAGGCGCAGGCCGCCGCGCAGGCCGUCGCCAAGGCAGGCGGCUCCGCCCAGGCCCAGGCCGAGGCGGCCGCCGAGGCCAAGGCCGGCACGCUCGCCGAGUCGCCCUCGCCCUCGCCCUCUCCCGAGGCCGGCGGCGGCGCCGCUGCAGAGGCGUCCCCCUCCCCCAGCCCGGCCGCGUCGCCCUCCACCGCCCAGGCCGGUGCUGGCGCCCAGGCCGGGGCCGGCACGCCCUAA